GGGUUGCUUUGGGGGGCGGGCUGAGCGGCGGAAGUUGCGCCGCUAGGAGAUCUCCUUCCGCUCGGAGGAGUUUCCUGGGCCGUGGAGCGGGGCUGCAGCUGAGGCAGGAAGAGUGGGGGCCGUGGUGACAUGAAGCAGGUGGGUCCUGCAGCGGUCGCUGGAACCGGGUGAUGCCCUGCCCCUGAGGCCACAUUGUCCCCACUUCAACGUGGGGGCCCACCAGGAUGAGCAAGCUGCCUGGUGAGCUGGCCUGUGACUUAGAGCGCAGUCUGCCAGCCCUGGCCUCCCUGGGCACCUCGCUGUCCCACAGCCAGAGCCUUUCAUCACACCUCAUCCCACCACCUCUGGAGAAACGCAAGGCCAUCUCUGACGUCCGCCGCACCUUCUGUCUCUUUGUCACCUUUGACCUGCUCUUCAUCUCCCUCCUGUGGAUCAUCGAGCUCAAUACCAACACCGGCAUCCGGAAAAACCUGGAGCAGGAGAUCGUUCACUACAGCUUUCAGAGUUCGUUCUUCGACAUCUUUGUUCUGGCUUUCUUCCGCUUCUCUGGCCUGCUCCUGGGCUAUGCUGUGCUGCGGCUCCGGCACUGGUGGGUGAUUGCGGUCACCACCCUGGUGUCCAGUGCAUUCCUCAUCGUCAAGGUCAUCCUCUCUGAGCUGCUCAGCAAAGGGGCAUUCGGCUACCUGCUCCCCAUCGUCUCUUUUGUCCUGGCCUGGCUGGAGACCUGGUUCCUUGAUUUCAAAGUCCUACCCCAGGAGGCGGAAGAGGAGAGAUGGUAUCUUGCUGCCCAGGCUGCGGUUGCCCGUGGACCUCUGCUCUUCUCCAGCGCUUUGUCUGAGGGCCAGUUCUACUCUCCCCCAGAAUCCUUUGCAGGGUCUGACAAUGAAUCCGAGGAGGACGUCCCCGGGAAGAAAAGUUGCUCUGCCCAGGAGCGUGAGUACAUCCGCCAGGGCCGCGAAGCCACUGCAGUGGUGGACCAGAUCUUGGCCCAGGAAGAGAACUGGAAGUUCGAGAGGAGUAAUGAGUAUGGGGACACUGUGUACACCAUUGAGGUUCCCUUCCACGGCAAGACCUUCAUCUUGAAGACCUUUCUGCCCUGCCCUGCUGAGCUGGUGUACCAGGAAGUGAUCCUGCAGCCCGAGAGGAUGGUGCUGUGGAACAAGACAGUGACCGCCUGCCAGAUCCUGCAGCGGGUGGAGGACAGCACCCUCAUCUCCUACGAUGUGUCCUCGGGGGCUGCAGGUGGCGUCGUGUCCCCCAGGGACUUCGUGAAUGUCCGGCGUAUUGAGCGGCGCAGAGACCGCUACCUGUCGUCUGGGAUUGCCACCACGCACUGCGCCAAACCCCCCACGCACAAAUACGUCAGGGGGGAGAACGGUCCUGGAGGCUUCAUUGUGCUCAAGUCAGCCAGCAACCCCCGAGUCUGCACCUUCAUCUGGAUUCUAAACACAGAUCUCAAGGGCCGCCUGCCUCGGUACCUUAUCCACCAGAGCCUUGCAGCCACCAUGUUUGAAUUUGCCUUUCACCUGCGGCAGCGCAUCGGAGAGCUGGGGGCCCGAGCCUGAACACGUUCCCUCGCCACCCUGCGGGCCAGGGUUCUGUCGCCAUAGCCGCGGGAGCCGGAUAGAGGGACUGUUUGGGCUUCCCGCUGCUCAUGAAGGACUAAGCAGCAGGUGCCUCCUCGUUCCCUGGCUGUAUCCUCCCACCAAGCCAUGGAACAUGGUCCUGAGCAGUUGUGGGGUUGAGCACGUGGACUCUGGGGUGCCCCAGGCUGGAGGAGCCAGGACUGGCCUCCAGAUGUUGACACAGAGUCCCUGCCCUCUGGAGGAGGAGACUCCUCUCCAUGCUUCCCUAGGGGAUCUCACUUGGUCGCAGAGGACCUGGGCUUGCCCCUCGCCAGUGUGAAGGUGAGGGAGCUUUCCAUUCCAGCUGCUAGGAUGGUUUUGUACCGUUAGUGGAAGGGUCUGUGACCCUUCUCCAUACACAUUGCGGUGUGUAAGGGCCGGUGAUAGGGACGGCACUCCAUCUCUGCCUCUCCAUAGCCUUCUCCCCUCCAAGGCCUCCUUGGGGACUUUUGUAAUAACUUGAGCCAAUUAAAAACAUGAGAUUAAAAAAAUAAAAAUA